GUCACGUGGACAUGACCUUGGACAAAGCCUUGCGCGCUUGUCUGCUGCCUUUUCUGUACAGGAGCUUGUAGUGUUAAACUCAUUCGACACAAUGGCAGAAGGAGACGCAUAUUCGCAGGCGGAUUAUUCGAAUUUUGAUGGUCAAAAUGGGAACGAUUUUGAAGAAAAUUCAGGGGCAUAUGUACAAGAAAAAAUGGAAGGCCAGGAAACAACAGAAGAUGCAGGCUCCGGUGACGAUGAAUCUAAAGACGAUGGAAACGAAGACGCAAGAAAAAUAUUUGUGGGCGGAUUGAGUUGGGAAACCACAUCAAAGGAUUUGAAAGAUUAUUUUACAAAAUUCGGUGAAGUCGUCAGCUGCACAUUGAAGACAGAUCUAGAAACAAAACGAUCCAGAGGUUUUGGAUUUGUUGUGUUCAAGGAUGUAGAGUGUUUAGAAAAGGCACUACUGGAACCAGAACACAAACUUCAUGGGAGAAAUAUCGACCCAAAGAAAGCAAAUCCAAGAGCAAAGGCAAAUAAAAUAUUUGUGGGCAGAUUAGAUCCAGUCGUGAAAGAGGAAGACAUCAAAACAUACUUUUCAAAGUUCGGAGAAGUUGCAAAAUUGGAUCUGCCAUAUGACAAGAUCAAAGAACAGAGAAGAGCCUUCUGCUUUGUAGAGUUUGAAACAGAAGAGGGCCUCAAGAAUUGCUUAGAGACAAAUAAACACAAGAUUGGAGAUCAAGAGGUGGACAUCAAACGUGCAACACCAACUGCUGGCAGGGGUCGAGGAGGCAGAGGCGGCUACGGAGGUGGGUGGGGAUUUGGAGGCCGCGGAGGUGGCAGAGGUGGCUGGGGACAAGGCUGGCAUCAGGCCUACAAUCAGAACUACAACAACUACAAUAACUACUACGGUAGUGGAUAUGGUAGUGGAUAUGGAGGCUACGGUGGCUAUGGUGGCUACCAGGGAUAUGAUUACAACCAGGGAUAUGGCCCAUGGGGAGGAUAUGAUCAGUAUGGUGGAUAUGGAGGAUACGGUGGUUAUGAUUACGGAGGCUGGGGCUAUAACCAGGACCAAGGCCAGCAGAGUAACUAUGGAAAGGCACCAAAGAGAGGGGGUGGGGGCUACCACCCAUACAACCGAUCAUAAGCCGCAUCAGAGUAAAAUUCAUGGGUCUCUUCAGUCUGCAAAGAUGUCAUCGUGCUCGUGUGUAUCAUAAGACAGUCAUUCAAGCUUUUUAUUUCAUUCUCACUAAUUGUCAUGGCCUUGAUUAUUUUUUUUCUCAUUCCAUGUAUGUGAAUAGAUUUUACAUGUCAUCACAAAUAAACAAAAACUCAAUUUUAAAAA